AUGACUGCUCAAACUCAAGAAGAGCUUCUUGCUGCGCAUCUCGAACAACAAAAGAUCCAUCAUGAUGAGCCUGUAGUUGAGGAAGACGAUGAUGUGGAAGGACUAGAAGGUGAUGCAUUUGGUAGGUCCAAACAGACCAGAAAUGAAAAGAAGAGCCGCAAGGCAAUGCCUAAACUUGAGAUGAAACCUGUUACUGGUGUCAGUCGUGUGACAGUCAAGAAGAGCAAGAAUAUCUUGCUCGUCAUUUCAAAGCCAGAUGUUUUCAAGAGCCCGAAUCCCGACACUUACAUUAUUUUUGGUGAAGCUAAGAUCGAAGACUUGAGUUCACAGCUACAAACUCAGGCAGCAGAGCAGUUCAAGGCUCCUAACUUGAGCAAUGUUUGUGUGAAGCCAGAACACCAAAUAUGUAUAACACUUUCAAUUGGCCUGCAUCCUUGGAUGGUUGAAGAAAGAGAUUUACAACUUGCACAAAAACAUGAGGUAAUGAUGGAUCAGAACUAG